AUGGUGAGCCCUAAUUCUUUCAAGGUGAGUUAUAGGGAUUUGGAAAGGAGUUUUAAUGAUCUGAGUCCAGGGGACCAGGUUUUCAUGCUAUACCGGUCUGGUUGAUAAUCAGAACGAUUUCAAGAAUCAAAAUUACGAAGUUUGCGAAGGAACGAAGCAUUCUGUCUAUUACAAGGUGAAGCAAAUCUUAUAUUCGAGCAAAAAGUGUUUUUUUUCAAGCCUAGGAAAAAAAAUUUCUAAUCGCUUUAAUUUCAAAAGUGUGAGAAUAUAAAAUAGCAUCACGAUCACCGCAAAGGUUUAUGCGCUCUAAACUGGCGCGCCCUAAUAUUUCUCUGCGCAUGCUGUUUCUUCACUCUCUGACCGCGAGAAAACGACGAAAUAUUAUGCGGAUCUCAAAGUUCCAAUCUCUUCGGAUUUUAAGGGAUGCUUGGGGAUCAAAAAAGGCGAUGAGUUCACUUUGCAUUGCAUGGACCAGAAAGACUCGACCGGUAUGAACUAUCUCUGCAAAGACAGCGAAGCACAACACGACACUAUGAACUGUAACGAUGUGGCCACGGUAUUCCGAUUUCGAUAAAAAGAAAAUCUCUGACAAGAUAGUUUGAAGAUUUAUAAUUUGUCAUCGAACAAACUUUGGUAGUGUUAGCACAGGCAUACAAAGGAAGCUCUUUUGUAGAUCGCAUUAUCAAGGCAUUCUGUCAGGAUAAAGGUUCUUUUUUUCAGGUCUGAAAGUCAAAGCUACAAAAAAAUUCAAAAAAACCUGGCCGAUUUAAAAAAAAUAUAUAGACAAAAUAGCUGCUCAACCUAAAAAAAGGAUCGAUUUUUCUUCUAUAGUCAAUGUUUCCCGACUUGAAAGGCGAGGGAGGCGGGGCUGGGGGCGGGACGCGUAGCGUGUGCGUACGCGGUUCUUGGCGCCAGUUCAACUCAAUCGCCCCCGACUAUUUAAAAAGCCCGUUCGCCGCCUUUUCUCUAUCUUUUCUACUAUUUUCAAUGCACACAUGAACAUAAUCAAUAAAUAAUUGAAAAAGGAAUGAAAAAAGCGAAAAACGGGCUUUUCAAAGAGUAGAUGGCGGUUGAAUUGAACGAUGGUACGACAAAAUCUCAAGUCCGCAAAUCUCGAGGACCGUAAUCUUGUGUACGCAGAUCUAAAGUCCCAUAAUCUUGAAACCAAAAUCUUGGAGACCAAAAUCUUGGAAACCACAAUCUUGGAAAGCAAAAAAAUCUUCCUUUUUAGUCUUCUUUAUUGCACUUUAUCUACUUAUAUUCUCUCGUUUGGAUCACCGAAUACAAUUUCUGAUAAAAUCUAUUCGCAAAAGCGUUGAUUUUUACUUUCCAAGAUUGUGGUUUCCAAGAUUUUGGUCUCCAAGAUUUUGGUUUCCAAGAUUAUGGGACUUUAGAUCUGCGUACACAAGAUUACGGUCCUCGAGAUUUGCGGACUUGAGAUUUUGUCGUACCAUCAAUUGAACACGUGGCAAGAACCUCAAACGCACACGCUACGCGUCCCGCCCCCUGCCCCGCCUCCCUCGCCUUUCAAGUCGGGAAACAUUGACUAUAUAUUGAAAUUUGAAUUCCUGAGUUUUCGGUUCGGAAUUUGAGGAAAAUAACAAUUUUGAAAGCCGAAUUCGAAUUCAGGGUUAUCUAUCAAACCAAUUGGUGCGGCGGGUCCAAGCUUGUUGUUGUACUACUUCUAUGUGCAAUAACAAAGGGAUGAUUUCGGCAAUUGUGAGUUUAAAACUGCUGUUUUAAAAAUGCAAUUUUUUUUUGCCCUUAUUGUGGCGGCUAAUAAGAAAUGCGCUUUUCAGAAAGCAGACCUUUUUCCCUUCUUUUUUUCCAUAAAAUAGCCACUCUAAUAGAGACUCACAGAUCAAUCCGAUUUUCCUGUUCUCAUUUCGAUUCAAAUAUAUUAAUUUUAUCAAGUAUAUAAUAAAAAUAAACUUUGAUGAAAUGAAAAAAAUAAAUGAAAAAAAAGUCGGAAAUUUUUGGUUUUUGUUCAGAAUAACGAUGAACACUCUUCGUCUACUACAGGCGCAUGGCUUAUAUACUUCGGCUUCUUUCUUUUUCUCAUUAUAUCAAGCACGAUUGCGGGAUUUGUUGAAGCACUCAUGACGAACAAUUCAUUCGUGAGUGGAAAUUAGAUUUUUCAAUUCGAAAAGUUUCGAGCUGGUUUUGAAAAAGAUGAAAGUUGCAGAAGAAGGGUGAGAGGGGUUCGGAGGACGUUCUUGAUGACGUUCCAAUAGGUUUGUCUUCUUAUCAUUCGGUAAAUUAAUCAUCAAUAUUUAGAAAGCUCAGUUCCACAAAAAUCGGAAGAAUCUGAGCAGUCCUUGUAAGAAGAUAUUCCCGUUUUCUAAGCCCCGUGAUAAAUUCAGACCCGUCGAAGCGCCUCCAAACAAGAAAGAUGUUUAA